GUUCACAGAAAUGAAUCUACUUCAAGUCAGGAAGGAAAUCAAGAGGAGCUGAUGGUAAAUGAAGCAGAAAGGGAGAUGGAUGAGAAGGAAACGGAUUGUAACCAGCUAACAUUCUUCCCUGCCCUACAUGAAAGUUUCCACUCCGAAGACUUCUUGGAACUGUGUAUAGAAAGACAAAUUAUCCUACAGGAAUUUGUGGAGAGUGAAAAGGUUACAUCUAAAUACUCUGUUGUAAUUGUACAAGGGCAUGUGGCAUCAGAGGGGGUGCUUCUCUUUGGGAAAGAGCACUUUUACAUCUGCGAACACUUUACCUUGUCCCAGUUGGAGGAAGUUUACUGCACCCGGCACUGCUUAUCAAGCAUCAGCGAUCCAUUUAUUUUCAGCUUGUGCCACAAAGAUCAGACCCUGGGAGGUCAGGCAUGCACUCGUUAUUCAUACAGUGACAUUAAGGAGAUACACCCUCUACGCUUUCUUCUGCAGGAGAUCGCCUUAGAAAUAUUCUUCAAAAAUGGCUACUCCAAGUUUCUCAUCUUCCAUGACAGUGACAGGAAUAAAGUCUUUAAGAGGUUUUGUUCAUUCCAAUCUGUUUUGAAGGCAAAAGGAAUAACAGAAGAGUCCCUGAAUAUAAGGUAA